CUCUUACCUCUUAAAUUUUUCAGGUACUUUUUUGAAAUGGAAAAUUCACCUUGUGAAAAAAUGAACAUUUCAAAAACAAUUUUCACUUCAAGUAGUUGUCAAAAAAAAACUGCUUUAAUUUUGUGCGAUCAAAAUUGUGUUCUUCAAAAGUUAACAUUCGAAGACGUUAAUGUUCUGUCCGAAAAAAUACAAACAUUUUUAUGUGAGCACAUAAAGGAGAGAGACAUUUGUGUGGGAUUAGUUAUGGAUAAAAACAUAUACAUUCCUCCAAUAAUAUUAAGUUUUCAGAAACUUAAUUUCUGCUUUGUAUUUAUGACACAAAAUGUCUGUAAAAACACGGUUCAAAACCUUAAUAUUAAAUGGAUCCUUUCUUUUGACAUAAACGUUGAGUUUAGUGUAUUAGAGGAUAAGAUAAUUUUAAAAGAUAAUGAAUUGAAACUUUGGAGAUGCACUCUUGAUAAUGGGGAUUUCAAAAUAUUAAAUUUUAAAAAUAUGUUUUGUGUUAUACAAACAUCUGGAUCAACUGGAGACAGUAAAACUAUUCGAGUACCAUAUUCCUGUAUUAGAAGUAAUGUUAUUAGCCUCAAUAAACAUUUUAAUAUUAUAGACAGCGAUGUAAUUUAUUGGGGUACGCCGCUUACAUUUGAUCCCAGUCUUGUGGAAUUGCUCCUCAGUUUGUUUCACCAUGCAACGUUGUUAGUUGUUCCUAAACUUGUUGCGUUGAAUCCAAACUAUCUCUACAGGGCCCUUUUUCAAGUAGGGUGUAUCACGUUUUUGCAAGUGGUCCCAUCUUUACUAUUCAGGUUUAGUCAUGAACAUAUUGCUAAUAUGUUACAGAGUUUGACAUUGAAAAUAUUAGCACUGGGUGGUGAACCAUUUCCUUUAGAACUUUUGGAGUAUAAAAUAAAUAAGGCAUUAAAGAUUUUUAAUUUAUAUGGUAUAUCAGAGUUGUCCUGUUGGGCCAGUAUUUUUCAAGUCCCACACUAUUUUAAUCGCGACAAUUACAUACCACUUGGAGAUCCACUAGACGAGACCAUUAUUGAAUUAUUUAGUGAAAAUGGCCAGAAAAUAGAAAAUGGAAUAGGGGAGAUUUAUAUAGGAAGUAAAAGUAGAUUUUGUUUAAUAAAUAACGAUGAAAGAUUACAAGAAUCGGAAUUUCUUGUAAACACAGGAGAUUUAGGGGAAUUAAGAAAUAAAAAGUUAUUUUAUAGAGGUCGAAAGAACCGCGUUAUUAAACAUUUCGGACAUAAAGUUAACUUAGACCAUAUAGAAGAUGUUAUAUUUAAAAAUACUGGUCUGAAAAGUCGACUAAUUUAUUCAAACGAAUUUAAAAAGAUAUUAUGCUUUGUUUUAAUGGAUAAUUACGAUAAUAAAAACAGAAAACAGUUAAUAGAUAAAUUAAGAGUUAAAUUGAUAAAGAUCCUUAGUGAAAAUGAAGUUCCCGAUUUUAUUGAUGUAGUGUCUCGUUUUCCAUUGAAUCCACAUGGUAAAAUUUGUGACAGACAAUUAAAGAAAUAUUAUCAAAACGAUUCAGUACGUUCUGAAGAUAGUAUACCAGCGAGUGAAGCAUUUUUAAGCAUUUUAAAUCAGUAUCUAUGUAUUGAACAGGAGGUUCUUUUAGGAAGUCUUAUUAAACAUACGUUUGUUCAGUUGGGAGGUACUUCGCUUGCAGCUAUUCAAGUAUUAUCUGAACUUCAGUACAAACUUGAUACAGAUAAUCUUGGCGAAUUUGCAACAGUAUUGUUUAAUAAUUCCAUAGAAGCUUGUUUAUUAUAUUUAAAAAAUAUGAAAUUAAAGCAAAGAAGACUUAAUAAACUUGAACCUCUUCAGAAAAAAAGUAAUUCGGGAAUUCUUAAUUGUGAUAAUUAUAUUAUUUGGAAAUAUGACUUGAAAGGCUGUGUUGAUUCGUCGCCUGUUGUAUUCAAGAAAAGAGAAUCUGUGUACAUUGCUGUGGGGAGUUUCUCAAAUAUAUUUACAAUAACGCGUGAAGAUGGUACUCUGUAUUUUAAGUUUGUAUUCCCUGCUGAAAUUGAAGCUAAACCCAGCAUUUCUCCAUGUAAAAAAUUUAUUGUAAUUGCUUGUGGAAAUGGUAUCAUAUACUGCAUUGAUCUUGAAAAAAAGCAGAUCAUUUGGGACUACACAACUAGAGACAAGACAAGAUCUAGUCCGUGUAUCGUGGGAACAUCUGUGAUAUUUGCAUCAUAUGACAAUUUCGUGUACUCUGCAUCUAUAUAUAAUGGAAAUUUAAUAUGGAAGACUGAACUUUGCGGUGGUGUAAGAGCAGAUCUUAUUUUUAAUAGCCAGUCGAGUAUUAUCUAUACUGGAACAAUUAAAGGGAAUUGUUACUCUUUAACAGAGCAAGGUGUAAUAAACUGGUCAUAUAAAAUAAAUGGGCCAGUUUUUGGCUCCCCAUGUAUAACUGAGCAUGGUAUAAUAUGGGCAAGCGUCACAGGUACCGUUUACUGUAUUUCAUCUGCUGGCGACUUAAAUUGGAAGUUUGAAACUGGCACAAAUAUAUUUUCUUCGUUAGUUUUCGUCGAAAAUGCGCUCUACUUCACUGCGCACGAUUCUUGCCUAUACAGACUGAUCUUUCGGGAAAACCAAUGCGAAAUUUCGGAAAAAAUUAAACUAGAUGGAGAAAUUUCGACCACGCCUUUUCCGUAUCGUUAUGAAAAUACUCUUUACGCCGUUUGUAUUAGUAAUAUGGGCGUUUUACACAUCAUUAAUUUAAGUACAUCAGAUAUUAUGUUCAGGUGUUCGUUGCCUAGUGAAAGCUUUUCAUCACCGUUCGUUUUUAACAAUAGGAUUUACGUAGGAUGCAGAGAUAAUAACUUAUAUUGUAUCGAUUUUAAAAAAGCAAUAAAGUGUAAAAUAUAAAAAUUUAAUAACA